AUGGCGCCGCGCUUCUUUUUCCGAUCCAACUCAAACUUCUUUGUCAAUAAUCGCUUGUCCUCUCCUCAGAUCAACUCAGUUUUGUCGCCGUCCGUCUUGAUUCCGCUCUUAUCACCAGACUCAUCUCUUCUCCGUUUCACAAGCUCUGCUUCAGUCACGAUUUUGUCUCAAAUUACAUCUCCAACGCCAUGCUUCAACGAAUCCGCGAUCUCGCCUUCGUCACCAUCGCUCUCAUCAGCGAUCCACCUCUCGAGUUGUAGAAGGAUCAAGACUAAAGAAGGCCAGAGAAAGCUAUCUCUAUAA